CUCUGAAAGAAAAAAAAAGUUCUCAUUUUCUUCAUCUGAAUUCACAGAGGUUUCUCUUCAACCAUAUUAUAAGAAAUCUAGACAGAGAUCAGAGUACCUUGUUUUAUUUGCAAAGGUGGUAUCUUCCGAAGAAGAAGAAGAAGAAGAAGAAGACCAAUGGUGUCAUUGAUUUGGUUAAUGGUGAUGUGUUGUUCCUGUUGCUCUUCUUUGGUUGAAGGGCUUGGAGUGAACUGGGGAACAAUGGCGACACGUAAAUUGCCUCCACACACCAUUGUGAAAAUGCUGCAAGACAAUGGGAUUAAGAAAGUUAAGCUCUUUGAUACUGACUAUAAUACCAUGAGUGCGCUUGCCGGAUCAGGGAUUGAAGUCAUGGUUGCUAUCCCAAAUGAUAUGCUCGCUACAAUGAAUGACUAUGAUUCUGCCAAGCUCUGGGUCAAGAAAAAUGUCACAAGAUUUAACUUUGAAGGUGGUGUCAAUAUAACUUAUGUAGCUGUUGGCAAUGAACCCUUUCUCAAGUCCUACAAUGGUUCCUUCCUGAAGACCACCUUGCCUGCUUUGAAGAACAUACAAAGUGCCCUCAGUGAUGCAGGCUAUGCAGACACAAUUAAGGUCACAGUUCCUCUCAAUGCUGAUGUCUAUGAAUCCCCGGCAAACAACCCAGUUCCUUCAGCUGGUAGAUUCCGAGAAGACAUCAGAGAUCUCAUGACUCAGAUGGUCGAGUUCUUUCACCAGACUGGUGCUCCAUUCACUGUCAACAUAUACCCUUUCCUCAGCCUCUAUGGAAACCCCGAUUUCCCUGUGGACUUUGCCUUCUUUGAUGGUGCUAGUCCUCCAGUAAUCGAUGGAAAUAUUCAGUACACCAAUGUGUUUGAUGCCAACUUUGACACGCUAGUAUCAGCCCUGAAUAGCAUCGGCUUUGGUGACUUACCAAUCAUUAUAGGUGAAGUUGGCUGGCCAACUGACGGCGAUAUCAAUGCCAACACAAACUUUGCUCAGAGGUUUUACAAUGGCCUUCUGAAGCGGCUCGCUGCCAACCAAGGAACUCCUCUCCGGCCCAACACAUACAUUGAAACCUACCUCUUUGGUCUCAUUGAUGAGGAUGCCAAGAGCAUUGCCCCAGGUGCAUUCGAGCGACAUUGGGGGAUCUUCGCCUUUGAUGGCCAACCAAAGUACCCGCUCGACCUCUCCGGCAGCCCUACACUCACUGCGGCGAAGGAUGUCCAGUAUUUGCCACAGCAGUGGUGUGUGUACAAUCCAAACACAAAGGCAGAUGUCGGCAGUAAACUCAUUGACAACAUGAACUUUGCGUGCACCUACGCAGACUGCACGGCACUCGGCUAUGGGUCUAGUUGCAAUGGCCUAGAUGAGAAGGGCAACGCUUCGUAUGCCUUCAAUUCAUACUUCCAGACACAAGGGCAGAAGGAUGGGAGCUGCGACUUCCAGGGGCUGGCAAUGGUGACCACACAAAACAAUUCGCAGGGUAAAUGCAACUUUCUUGUCCAGAUUGUCGGUUUUGAUUAUUCUAGUGCUUCAUCCGCAUCCUUGUCAUUGUUGGAAAUGUCUGUUCUGUUAUAUGUAUCAGUGAUGCUUCUCUUCUUCUAGUUUUAAACCCUUCUCAUGUAGCUCUGAUCAGAUGCUUAUAUAUAUAUAG